AUGUCCCGUCUUGGCGACCCACCGGAAUAUAUAUAUAUAUCGAAAGCAAAACAUAGAUGGGCCGGUCACACCAUGAGAAGAAUCGACGAUAAAUGGACUAAAAGAGCGCUAGAGUGGAUCCUAAGAGACGCUGAACGCCCUCGAGGGAGACCGCCAACGAGAUGGGGUGCCGUGUUCGCUACACGGAUAGACCAGCUGAGAGCUCAGCUGGAUACGGCUCAAAGACCUCAUCAACGUCACUCACGAAGCUUGAAAACAUCUUGGAUGACAAUGGCGAGGGAACGAAACGAGUGGAAGAGAUGCUGGGGCCCGCACGUUCAGUGA